UCGAUAGGAAAAUAUGUAAAUGCGUAAAGAUAAAAAUGAAAAAUAAAUAUCGAUACGAAUAAAUCGAUAAAGAUUGAUGAUGAAAUAUAUUGAUUCUAAUAAUAGAAUUGGCAUUAUAAAUCUCUUUGCUAUAUUAAUAAUAUUUAUUGUAUCUCAUAUAACUCGGUGACCGAAUUUUAUAACAAAUGAUUUUUUAUAUAUGUUGAUAUAUUUUAAAAGAUGGAACUAAUAUGUGCAGUGCAAAAUUAUGAUUGGGGUAAAUAUGGUACAAACAGUAUUGUUGCAACAUUAAUUAAAACAGCAAAUCCUAAGUUUAUAAUAAAUGAAGAAAAACCAUAUGCAGAACUAUGGAUGGGCACACAUCCUAAUGGUCCUUCAUAUCUAAAGGAAAAAGACAUUUCUUUAGAAGAAUAUAUACAAAAAAAUACAAACGUAUUAGGUAUUGAAAUACAACAAAAAUUUGGAUCAUCUUUACCUUUUUUGUUUAAAGUUUUAUCUAUAAGAAAAGCAUUAUCAAUUCAAGCACAUCCAGAUAAGAAAAAGGCAGAACAAUUACAUUUGCAGCAUCCUGAAAUUUAUAAGGAUUCCAAUCAUAAACCUGAAUUAGCAAUAGCAUUAACAGAAUUUGGAGCUCUUUGUGGUUUUCGUCCAAUUGAAGAAAUAAAAGAAUAUUUCAAAUUACUACCUGAACUACGAGCAGUAAUUGGUGAAGAUUUAGUUCAUGAAUGUAUGAUAAUAAAUGACCCUGAAAAUAUAGUGCCUUUUAAAAAAUGUUUUCACAGUCUUAUGACGUGUGACCAUAAUUUAGUAAUGUUACAACUUGAACAUUUGCUUGAAAGAUUGGCAUAUUUGGAUAAAUCAUCUCAAGUAACAUUGAACGGUGAUCUAUUGCAAAAACUUCAUUUAGAUUACCCUGGAGAUGUUGGAUGUUUUGGUAUAUAUAUAUUUAAUUAUAUCACUUUGCAACCAGGCGAGGCUUUGUAUCUUGCUCCAAAUGAACCACAUGCAUAUAUAUAUGGUGAUUGUAUAGAAUGUAUGGCAUGCUCAGAUAAUGUAGUACGUGCUGGAUUAACACCAAAGUUGAAAGAUGUAGAAACAUUAACAGAAAUAUUAACAUAUAAAUGUGAGUCAUUGUUUGCUAAAAAAUUUUAUGGGUACUUUGAAGAUAAUUAUACAGAGAUAUUUCAACCUCCAGUACCAGAUUUUGCAGUAGCCAAAAUUUUAAUACCAUCUGAUAAAAUGACAUAUGAAUUGAUUCCAAGAAGAACAGCUAGUAUAUUAAUUAUCAUAAAUGGUAGAGCAGAAACUCAUACAUCACAAAUUCUUCAGAAAGGAUCUAUUUUAUUUGUUCAUGCAAAUGAAAAAAUUAUGUUGAAAAUUCUAAAAGAACAUUGCUCAUUACUAAUGUUUCAAGCAUUUGCAAAUGUAUAAACAAAAAUAAAAAACCAAUUUAAAUUCA